AUGAUCAGAGAUCCCUAUGAGAAAAGAGCUUGCCUUCAUCUGGAGAAUCCUGCUUCCCAGAUGUGCCCAGCAGAAUUAAAUGUACAUCUGGACCAAGGGACAUUAUCAUUUCAAAAUGUUGAUGAAUUAACCUUGUUUAAUUUACCAUAUCUGCAGAUGGAACAAAUUAAAAACAGACACUCAAAUGUUACCACAGUGAUAGAAUUUAUUCUCUUGGGCUUUUCUGACAUUCCUAAUGUCCGGUGGAUUCUUUUUGGGGUAUUUUUAGUUAUUUACCUAACUAUCCUGACAUGCAAUAGCAUCAUCAUACUGCUAACCAGCAGUGACCCUGCUCUCCAGACACCCAUGUAUUUUUUCCUCAGCAAUUUUUCCUUUCUAGAAAUCUGUUAUGUAACAGUCACUAUUCCAAGGAUGCUCAUGGAUUUAUUGACACAGAAAGGAACCAUUUCUUUCUUUGCCUGUGCUACACAAAUGUGUUUUGUUCUAAUGCUUGGAGGUGCUGAGUGCUUGCUCCUGGCUGUGAUGGCCUAUGACCGCUACGUGGCCAUUUGUAACCCUCUACAAUACCCUCUGGUCAUGAGCUACAAAGCUUGUGUUCAGCUGGUAACAGCUGCCUGGACCAGUGCUGUUCCAGUUGUAAUUGGGCAGACUUGCCAAAUCUUCUCUUUGCCAUUUUGUGGAUCCAACACAAUUAAUCAUUUCUUCUGUGACAUCCCCCCAAUACUCAAGCUUACUUGUGGGGAUACAUUUGUGAAUGAACUCGCGGUCUACGUAGUUGCAGUGAUAUUUAUCAUGGUUCCAUUUCUGCUGAUUGUCAUGUCCUAUGGAAAAAUCAUCUCCAACAUACUGAAGUUGUCAUCAUCCAGUGGCAGGGCUAAAGCCUUCUCCACCUGCUCUUCUCACCUGACUGUCGUAGUCUUAUUCUAUGGAACGGCCACUAUCACUUAUUUACAACCCAAACCAAAUCAAUCUGAAGGAACCGGAAAACUCAUCUCUCUUUUCUAUACAGUUUUGAUCCCAACAUUGAAUCCUAUCAUAUAUACUCUGAGGAACAAAGACAUCAUGUUGGCACUAAGGAAACUUUUAGCUAAGUUAUUAACAUGA